UCUUAAACGAAAUCAAUUUUUCUAACCCUAACGAGGAACCAUUUGAAAACCCUAAUUUCGAUUCCGUUAGAUCUUCAAAGCCAUGGAAGCCAUCGAUUCAGCCAUCGAUCCUCUCAGAGAUUUCGCUAAGAGCAGCGUCCGCCUUGUCCAGCGCUGUCACAAGCCCGAUCGCAAAGAAUUCAGCAAGGUCGCGGUGCGUACGGCUAUUGGGUUCGUCGUGAUGGGUUUUGUCGGAUUCUUCGUGAAGCUCGUUUUCAUUCCUAUCAACAACAUAAUCGUUGGAGCUGCUUAGGCAGGCUAUGAUGAUCCAAGAAAAAGAGGGGAGCAUUUGAAGGUAGGGAGUCCAAACAUUACAGAAUUCCGAGCUUAAUGGACUUCAUUAGGCCUUUGUCUCUUCCCUGAUUGAAAGAGUUUUCAUUAUAUAUUAUUCUUUUUUCUUAGUGGAAGCCAUUCUUCAAUUCGUACAAACUUGAUUUCACAUCUCACGGUUACUCUUGUCUAAGUCUUAAUAAGUUCUCUUGUGUUUGUUUUGACUUUUAAACCUAUAAUCAUCAUGAGAGUUCACUUCACUA